AAUGACGACGAAAUAAAUGGAACUCGCACCAAUUUCAAAACAUUAGCGUGCCCACUGAUCUCUUUACAGCAGAAAGAUCAGAUUCACAUAGAGUUGCUUCCGACUGAAUUAUUACACCAGCAAAACGGAUAUAAUUAUUCAGCCAUUUUAUUAUGUUUAUUAUGUAGCCAGUUUCUCCUUUUCAUAGCGAUUUCAUAUGGUGUGAAUCAUGGAGACAACUCCGAUAAAAGUGACACCAGCUAAUGAAACUACGCCGAAUACAGCCCAGUCUUCUUCAAGUAGGUCCAGUACAACCAAGUCCAUGAGUGCCUCACUGAGGGAGAAGCUAAAAAGAGCACGACACUCAUUCAGAUCCCCCCUCAGUGUGGUUAAACGCCUUAAAAUUGAAGAUGACACUCAACCACAGACUUCACAACCGGGAGACACGAAGCACAGCGUGACUGACGAAAGAGAGACUGAUCCUGAUGUCAAUCGGAAUGAUAUGAAGGAGCAAAGAGACUGUUCACAUUACACAGCUGAGACUGACUCAAUUCAGCAUUGUGAAGAGCUAAGAAAUGCAGUGAAGGAGAGAUCAGAAACCUUGAGAAGAUUAAAGAUGGCCAAGAUGUAUAGAAAAAAGAAUGACCUGACCCAGCUGCAGAGGCUCAUAGACAAAUGGAGAUCCUGUGCUCAGUCUGUGCUGUAUGAAUUACAGAGUGAAUUACCCACAGAGGGAAAACAAGCUAGUCUGUCUCAGCUUAUAGACAACUUUGGGUUAGAUGAUAAAAUACUGCACUUUGAUAGAACAGAGGAAGACUUCACAGACACCUGAAACUCAUUUUAUUAGUUUUAUUCACACUAUUUAAACAGGUUGUAACAUGCCUUUUCAGACCAAGUUAUUCAGAAAAUAUUCAGAUUAUACUUGGAACUGAUAAGCUGUAUUGUAAUUUAUUACACAUUUUUUGUGUCA